AUGAUUGAAACCAAAGACAGGGUGUCAGCAAAGAAAGAGACCUUUUACAUCGCCAGAGAAGCCAAAGACAGUAAGCAGGGACAGCACCAAGAAGCCAAUGCAGUGUCUCCUCAAGAACCUAAAGAAGGAAAAAAGGGUUCUCAGAUCCUGCAGAAAACUUCAAGCACCAUCACACUACAAGCUGUCAAACUGCAACCAGAACCAAAGGCAGAGCCCCAGACCACUUUCAUCAGACAGGGUGAAGACAGGAAAAGGGCUGUGCAGCCCCUGAUGUCAGCUCAGCAAACCCCCUCUCUGACAGGGCAAGUCAGUCCGAGGAGUAGAGAAGCAGAAAACAAAUCUCGAACCCCGAAGACUGUAUUGGAGGAGAAGAGGGAGCCUCUGGGAAUUCCUCCUCAGUUUGAGAGCCGUCCACAGAGCCUGGAAGCAUCAGAAGGCCAAGAGAUUAAAUUCAAGAGCAAAGUUUCAGGGAAACCAAAACCAGAUGUGGAGUGGUUCAAAGAAGGUGAACCUAUUAAAGCUGGAGAGGAUGUACAAAUCUAUGAAGAAGAUGGAAUUCAUUGCCUAUGGUUAAAGAAAGCCUGUUUGGGGGACAGUGGAUCUUAUAGCUGUGCAGCUUUCAGCCCCAAAGGCCAAACUUCCACGAGCUGGUUGUUAACUGUCAGAAGGCCUAAAGUUCAAGAGGUUGCUCCAUGCUUUUCCAGUGUCUUGAAAGGAUGCACUGUGAGUGAAGGGCAAGACUUUGUGCUGCAGUGCUGUGUAGGAGGCGUACCUGUGCCUCAGAUCACAUGGCUUCUCAAUGAGCAGCCAAUUCAGUAUGCCCAUUCAACUUUUGAAGAUGGAGUUGCAAAAUUGACUGUCCAAGAUGCCCUACCAGAAGAUGAUGGCAUUUAUACCUGUCUGGCUGAAAACAACACAGGACAGGCAUCUUGCAGUGCUCAGGUCACAGUCAAAGAAAAGAAGAGCAGCAAGAAGGCAGAAGGUGCACAGGCUGUCAAGUUAAACAAGACUUUUGCGCCCAUCUUCCUUAAAGGCCUGACUGACCUCAAAGUAAUGGAUGGAAGUCAAGUGAUAAUGACUGUGGAGGUAUCAGCUAACCCACCUCCUGAAAUUAUCUGGCUGCACAAUGGGAAAGAAAUCCAGGAGACAGAAGAUUUCCACUUUGAGAAGAAAGGCAAUGAGUACAGUCUGUACAUCCAGGAAGUAUUUCCUGAAGACACAGGCAAAUACACCUGUGAAGCCUGGAAUGAAUUAGGAGAAACUCAAACCCAGGCUACAUUGACAGUACAAGAACCUCAGGAUGGUAUUCAGCCCUGGUUCAUUAGCAAACCAAGAUCAGUGACAGCAGCUCCUGGGCAAAAUGUCCUUAUAUCCUGUGCCAUUGCUGGAGAUCCUUUCCCCACUGUUCACUGGUUUAAAGAUGGGCAAGAAAUAAUGCCAGGAACAGCAUGUGAAAUCCUGCAAAAUGAAGACAUCUUCACACUGAUCUUGAGGAAUGUGCAGUCUCGUCAUGCAGGACAAUAUGAAAUUCAGCUCAGGAACCAAGUUGGAGAAUGCAGCUGCCAGGUGUCUCUGAUGGUGCGGGAGAGUUCAGCUUCCAGAACAGAAAUGCUCAGAGAUGGGAGGGAAUCAGCCAGCUCUGGAGAGCAAAGAGAUGGUGGAGAUCAUGGUAAACUAACAUUUGGUAGAACAAGUGGCUUCAAAAAGAACAGCAGUGAAACCAGAGCAGCUGAGGAAGAGCAGGAAGACGUCCGAGGUGUGCUGAAGAGGCGAGUGGAAACUCGGGAACACACAGAGGAGAGCCUGAGGCAGCAGGAAGCUGAGCAACUUGAUUUCCGUGACAUUUUAGGCAAGAAAGUCAGCACCAAAAGUUUUUCUGAGGAGGAACUGAAAGAAAUCCCAGCCGAACAAAUGGACUUCCGAGCAAACCUGCAGCGGCAGGUCAAACCCAAGACCUUGUCAGAGGAGGAAAGGAAAGUUCAUGCUCCUCAGCAGGUGGACUUCCGCUCUGUGCUGGCCAAGAAAGGCACCCCAAAAACCCCAUUGCCAGAGAAGGUGCCACCUCCUAAGCCAGCCAUUACAGAUUUCAGAUCUGUGCUGGGCUCAAAGAAAAAGCCACCUGCAGAGAAUGGCAGCGCUAGCACCCCAGCACCAAAUGCCCGCACCAAUUCUGAAGCCCAGAACGCGACUCCCAAUUCUCAAGCCCCUGUUGCCAAACCAGCAGUGAAAAAAGAAGAGAAGAAUGACAGAAACUGUGAACAUGGGUGCGCAGUGGUGGAUGGCGGAAUAAUUGGGAAAAAAGCUGAAAACAAAACAACAGCAAGCAAACCACCAGCAAGCAAAGGAACAGCACCCUCCUUUACAGAGAAGCUUCAGGAUGCUCAAGUAGUAGAUGGUGAAAAAUUGGUCUUACAAUGUCGGAUUUCCUCUGAUCCCCCUGCAGCUGUCACCUGGACUCUAGACAGCAAAACCAUCAAAUCAUCAAAGUCCAUUGUCAUCUCCCAAGAAGGGACACUGUGUUCACUUACCAUUGAGAAGGCCAUGCCUGAAGAUGGGGGCGAAUACAAAUGCAUAGCUGAGAAUGCAGCAGGGAAAGCUGAAUGUGCUUGCAAAGUGCUGGUAGAAGAUGCCUCAUCCACAAAGACCUCAAAGCCUACUGAGAAGAAGACCAAGAAGCCUAAGACCACACUUCCCCCUGUGCUGCCAAUAGAAAGUGAAGCAACAGUGAAGAAGAAACCAGCUCCAAAGACUCCUCCAAAAGCAGCUGCUCCCCCUCAGAUUACUCAGUUCCCAGAAGACAGAAAAGUCCGUGCGGGUGAAUCAGUGGAGUUGUUUGCCAAAGUGUUAGGAACGGCACCCAUAACUUGCACCUGGAUGAAAUUCCGCAAGCAGAUUGAAGAAAAUGAAUAUAUUAAAAUUGAGAAUGCUGAAAACAGCAGCAAGCUAACAAUAUCAUCAACAAAGCAGGAACACUGUGGCUGUUACACCCUAGUUGUAGAGAACAAACUUGGCAGCAGACAAGCACAAGUCAACCUUACAGUUGUUGAUAAACCAGACCCCCCUGCCGGAACACCUUGUGCGUCGGACAUACGGAGUUCCUCCCUCACCCUCUCGUGGUACGGCUCCUCUUACGAUGGUGGAAGCGCAGUGCAGUCCUACACUGUGGAGAUCUGGAACUCGGUGGAUAACAAAUGGACAGAUCUCACUACCUGCCGCAGCACCUCUUUCAAUGUGCAGGACCUGCAGGCUGACCGGGAGUACAAAUUCCGUGUGCGAGCUGCUAAUGUGUAUGGCAUCAGCGAGCCCAGUCAAGAAUCCGAGCUGGUAAAAGUUGGAGAGAAACAAGAAGAACUUAAAGAGGACGAAGUGGAGCUGUCCGAUGAGGAAGGGAAAGAAACAGAGGCCGAGUAUCGGACAGUUACUAUCAACACGGAACAAAAAGUUUCAGAUGUCUAUAAUAUUGAAGAAAGACUGGGAUCGGGGAAAUUUGGACAAGUCUUUAGGCUUGUUGAAAAGAAGACUGGAAAAGUUUGGGCAGGAAAAUUUUUCAAAGCGUAUUCUGCUAAGGAAAAAGAAACCAUAAGAGAUGAGAUCAGCAUCAUGAACUGUCUACAUCAUCCAAAACUUGUCCAAUGUGUAGAUGCCUUUGAAGAAAAAGCCAACAUCGUUAUGGUCUUGGAAAUGGUUUCUGGAGGAGAACUCUUUGAACGAAUCAUUGAUGAAGACUUUGAACUGACAGAGAGAGAGUGCAUUAAAUAUAUGAAGCAGAUUUCAGAAGGAGUUCAGUACAUCCAUAAGCAGGGUAUUGUCCACUUGGAUUUGAAGCCAGAAAAUAUUAUGUGUGUCAACAAGACCGGUACAAGUAUCAAACUCAUUGACUUUGGACUUGCAAGAAGAUUAGAAAAUGCAGGUUCUCUGAAAGUUCUCUUUGGGACACCUGAGUUUGUGGCUCCAGAAGUUAUAAACUAUGAACCUAUUGGAUAUGAAACGGAUAUGUGGAGUAUAGGAGUUAUCUGCUACAUUUUGGUCAGCGGACUUUCUCCUUUCAUGGGAGACAACGACAACGAAACCCUAGCCAAUGUGACCUCAGCAACGUGGGACUUCGAUGAUGAGGCUUUUGAUGAAAUCUCUGAUGAUGCCAAGGACUUUAUCAGCAAUCUGCUAAAGAAAGAUAUGAAGAGUCGCUUAAAUUGUACCCAGUGUCUUCAGCAUCCUUGGCUGCAAAAAGACACCAAAACCAUGGAAGCCAAAAAACUCUCCAAAGAUAGGAUGAAGAAAUAUAUGGCCAGAAGAAAAUGGCAGAAAACGGGCCAUGCUGUCCGAGCAAUAGGAAGACUGUCAUCCAUGGCAAUGAUUUCUGGUAUGAGUGGGAGGAAGGCCUCUGGGAGCUCGCCUACCAGCCCUAUAAAUGCAGACAAAGUAGAGAACGAAGAUGCUUUCCUUGAAGAAGUGGCUGAAGAAAAGCCCCAUGUAAAGCCAUAUUUUACUAAAACAAUCCUUGACAUAGAGGUUGUGGAAGGAAGUGCUGCUAGAUUUGACUGCAAAAUUGAAGGCUACCCUGACCCUGAGGUAAUGUGGUACAAAGAUGAUCAGCCUGUCAAGGAGUCCCGUCACUUCCAGAUAGAUUAUGACGAGGAUGGGAACUGUUCUUUGACUAUUUCUGAAGUAUGUGGGGACGAUGAUGCCAAAUACACCUGCAAAGCUGUUAACAGCCUUGGGGAAGCCACGUGCACCGCAGAACUCCUUGUGGAAACAAUGGGAAAAGAAGGAGAAGAUGAAGAUGAGGAGGAGGAAGAAUGAAACAAGGCUCAAAGAAAAAAAA